UCAGGCUCGGAAAUCACCGCUCGCCUUUGGCGACCAAUUGUUAAGGAAUGUGAGAUGUCCUUUCGAGCAUCGACAUUCGACAAUCAAAACGUGCCAAUACUAAACCUUAUUGUGCAAGUCAGCAAGUGUAAUAAUUGAUUCUGUCCCUGUGCAAUGUUACUGUCAAUUCUCGACAAGUCAUUCGUUAUAUGGCUAACACAACCAUGAGCAAUAAAUUGUUGUCGAUAUGAAGAUCCAAGUCCCCAAUCCAUAAGACGAAGAAUGGACGCUAUAAGUGAUGAAACUCAGUGUCCGUUUUCAAAAACACCAAUUCAGAAAGCUUAUGGGCCAGAAGUGUCAAUGUUCCUGCAUUGUCAUUUGCGUGGGUAUGAUCGUUAUGGAGAAGGAAAAGCCGCAGAUAAUGAUUACUACGAUAAAUAUGGUGCUCCAAUGGAGCAGGAAAACUCUUGGGAAGAGGGCUAUCAUGUGGUCGAGAAAAAAAUAGCAGGUGUAAACGAUCUUAUAAUGGGGCUCAAAGAUUUGGAUUUCCCCCUCUUUGCUGGAGUAGGUGGAGGAGUUCACAUUUACAAACCGAUUCACAAUGAAAAGCCAUGGAACUGGACUGGCUGGGUACCAAGAAAGAGACGUUGGUGUAAUCAAGGAAAAUUCUUCAGCAACCGGUAUUACCUAACUCUCCGUGGCAAUGAAAUUCAGAACAAUCUCUGGGAUUACCACCCUCAUGAGGAAGAGGAAGGUGCAGCCAUCACUGAUACAGUGUUUGAGCAGUUGGAGCCAAACGAUAGAUACAGAGGGGGAUAUUGGUUUCAUCGACAGCCAUUUGGUCGUUAUCUGCAUAUCAUAUGCCUGAAGUCACACGAGGUGGACCCCAAGACUAACCUUUGUCCGAGAUACAACUACGUCGUUCAUCCCUUGGCAUACAGAGCCUCAAUUCAUACAAUCCCAGACAACAGCGUGGAUGCAAUGCAAUGGUGCAUUAUUAAUAUGCCCGAAGAAGGGCAUUUUGGAAAAAAUCAGCCGUGGGGAGAAAAAUGUCACGGUUUAGAAAUAUUCAAUGAUUUUACGUACUAUUACUCCUACCAACCAAUCGAGGAUGGUGGAGUGCAAAACAGUGAACUCGGUUACGACAACGAACGCUCGAUCGAUGAUGACCACCAGUAUUACUACUGGUUCGACACCUACCCAAUGGAGUUUGCAGUGUUUCUUCUAGAUUCGGCCCUGGCCAGGGGAGUGUAUCUACAUACAAUGGCCGCCAAUGAUGCCUUUUACAAAACUCGAGAUGAGGAAAAGGAAGAGGAUCAGGACGAGGGGAAAGACUUGAGGGAGGAACAUUUCAAGAAAGGAGAUCCUAAGGCGGGACUUCUAAACCAUCCUCCACACAAAUUGAACGAGCGAAAGGGGGUGAAAGGAACAAUUUCUUUUACACAAACGAAUACAGAAACCGCAACAGAGGAAAUUACUGAAGAAGAGAAAGCCAUAAGGAAAUUUUGGAAAACAUCACCGUACAAACAUAAAACUGUGUUUGGUUAUGUUACACUGAUCGACCCAGCUCGUCACAUAAAGGAGACAGUUUUUUCAAAACAUGAAGGAAUCCCACUUAUGAGACUCGAUGAAGGGGAAAAGGUGGUGUUGGAUUAUCUCAUUAAAGGACGAUAUUUCUCUGCUACAGGAAUUAGUAAUUUAUUCAAUUAUGAUAACCCAUCACUUGAUCAGAAGUUGCCUUACAAGAUUAAAAAUCAACCAAACCCCAAAGAACUCUGUCAUGAUAUAACUGGAGACAUGGAUCUGUUCUUUACCUUCCUGCCGUGUACAGCGAAGAACGCUGACCUGAUUUGGAGGUAUACUAUCAUGGUUGAGACUUUAAACCACAAACUGGAAAAAACACAUGGCUACUUUAAGUUGGAUGAGAAAGGCCCAACCAACCUGGACUUGAGGUCGUAUGUGAAAUAUCAAGUAAAGUGGCUGUAUUUCACUGCUAUCAAAGCCAAGAACCCACAACACAGGGCGUGGCUACAUGCCAUCAGAGGACCAGCAUUUGGACCACCUGUUUUUCAUGCCACCCUUCCUCCACUAAAGCACCGUGUUGAAGAAACAGAACGGAAACAUAAUACAGUUCUCCCCAAAAAUGUCAUCGUCCCAACAGCUGUCGAUCCCAAAGGCCACUUGGAUUUCGCUCUUGGAACGACCAGUAAUGAGAAUGACAUUUGUGUCUACUUCAUGCAAGUUUAUCCCCUUCAACAAGACUUCACAAGCGAUAAUCCAGACAUUGAAGAAUCCUCCGAUCUCAUCCCGCCCAGAAUAUUGCAAAGUGUCCAUGGUUAUUUCAAUUUGAGGAAUGACCAUCCAACACGGCUGAAUCUGAGCGCUUCUUGGGACCAAGACGCAAUGAAACCAGGUGAAGACAUGGUGCACUUUUACAUGGUUGAUGCUGAAGAUGGUCAGCCGAAGCAAAUGCCCCCAAAUAUGGUCGAACCAUUUGGAGAUUACGAACAAAAUGUCUCAACAACAUAACCAUGCAGCAGUAUAUGCACUAAAAAAUUGAAUAAUACUGUGUUCUCUGCCUAGAGUACACUUGUUCUGCAUGUACACAUUUCCAAGGUUUUUUAGUGAAAAAAUAUAGAUUAAUGUCUCAAAAAUGUGUUAAUAUUUCUUGC